UGUCCCAGAAGCUUUUGUUGACAAUUCCAGUUUCCGAACAAAACAUUUCGGCAAUGGUGAGGGCUUCGAUCCCUUCUCUGAUUUGCUGUCAGCCAUGAGCGGAUGGAUGUGAUGCCUGCUAGCCAAAAGGCUUCCCUCUGUGUGUUGCAGUCCUGUGGCAUUAUGCAUGCCCCCUCCCAGUGACCCCAGGCUUUUUAUGGCUGUGAGACACGUUAAAAUUUCAGGGGUAAGACGUGACCUUUUGAGGUGACUAUAACUGAAGAUUGCUUUACAGAAGCCAAAAAAGGUUUUUGAGUCAUGAUGCAAGAAUCUGGGACUGAGACAAAAAGUAACGGUUCAGCCAUCCAGAAUGGGUCGGGCGGCAGCAACCACUUACUAGAGUGUGGCGGUCUUCGGGAGGGACGGUCCAACGGAGAGACGCCGGCAGUGGACAUCGGGGCAGCUGACCUCGCCCACGCCCAGCAGCAGCAGCAACAGGCACUUCAGGUGGCAAGACAGCUCCUUCUUCAGCAGCAACAGCAGCAGCAAGUCAGUGGAUUAAAAUCUCCCAAGAGGAAUGACAAACAACCAGCACUUCAGGUUCCCGUGUCAGUGGCUAUGAUGACACCUCAAGUUAUCACUCCCCAGCAAAUGCAGCAGAUCCUCCAGCAACAAGUGCUGAGCCCUCAGCAGCUCCAGGUUCUCCUCCAGCAGCAGCAGGCCCUCAUGCUUCAACAGCAGCAGCUUCAAGAGUUUUAUAAAAAACAACAGGAACAGUUGCAGCUUCAACUUUUGCAACAACAACAUGCUGGAAAACAGCCUAAAGAGCAACAGCAGGUGGCUACCCAGCAGUUGGCUUUUCAGCAGCAGCUUUUACAGAUGCAGCAGUUACAGCAGCAGCACCUCCUGUCUUUGCAGCGCCAAGGCCUUCUGACAAUUCAGCCCGGGCAGCCUGCCCUUCCCCUUCAACCUCUUGCUCAAGGCAUGAUUCCAACAGAACUGCAGCAGCUCUGGAAAGAAGUGACAAGUGCUCAUACUGCAGAAGAAACCACAGGCAACAAUCACAGCAGUUUGGAUCUGACCACGACAUGUGUCUCCUCCUCUGCACCUUCCAAGACCUCCUUAAUAAUGAACCCACAUGCCUCUACCAAUGGACAGCUCUCAGUCCACACUCCCAAAAGGGAAAGUUUGUCCCAUGAGGAGCACCCCCAUAGCCAUCCUCUCUAUGGACAUGGUGUAUGCAAGUGGCCAGGCUGUGAAGCAGUGUGCGAAGAUUUCCAAUCAUUUCUAAAACAUCUCAACAGUGAGCAUGCGCUGGACGAUAGAAGUACAGCCCAAUGUAGAGUACAAAUGCAGGUUGUACAGCAGUUAGAGCUACAGCUUGCAAAAGACAAAGAGCGCCUGCAAGCCAUGAUGACCCACCUGCAUGUGAAGUCUACAGAACCCAAAGCCGCCCCUCAGCCCUUGAAUCUGGUAUCAAGUGUCACUCUCUCCAAGUCCGCAUCGGAGGCUUCUCCACAGAGCUUACCUCAUACUCCAACGACCCCAACCGCCCCCCUGACUCCCGUCACCCAAGGCCCCUCUGUCAUCACCACCACCAGCAUGCACACGGUGGGACCCAUCCGCAGGCGGUACUCAGACAAAUACAACGUGCCCAUUUCGUCAGCAGAUAUUGCGCAGAACCAAGAAUUUUAUAAGAACGCAGAAGUUAGACCACCAUUUACAUAUGCAUCUUUAAUUAGGCAGGCCAUUCUCGAAUCUCCAGAAAAGCAGCUAACACUAAAUGAAAUCUAUAACUGGUUCACACGAAUGUUUGCUUACUUCCGACGCAACGCAGCCACAUGGAAGGGUGCCAUUCGCACCAACCUCUCACUGCAUAAGUGCUUUAUCAGAGUAGAGGAUGAGUUUGGGUCCUUUUGGACAGUUGAUGAUGAAGAGUUUAAACGUGGCCGCCAUAUUCAACGAGGCCGUCCUCGCAAAUACUGCCCCGAUGAAAACUUUGACGAGCUUGUCGCACAUAACCCUUCCCUUAUUAAAAACAUGCAGAGCAGCCACGCCUACUGCACACCUCUCAAUGCAGCUUUACAGGCUUCAAUGGCUGAGAAUAGUAUACCUCUAUACACUACCGCUUCCAUGGGAAAUCCCACUCUGGGCAACUUAGCCAGCGCAAUACGGGAAGAGCUGAACGGGGCAAUGGAGCAUACCAACAGCAACGAGAGUGACAGCAGUCCAGGCAGAUCUCCUAUGCAAGCCGUGCAUCCUGUACACGUCAAAGAAGAGCCCCUCGAUCCAGAGGAAGCUGAAGGGCCCCUGUCCUUAGUGACAACAGCCAACCACAGUCCAGAUUUUGACCAUGACAGAGAUUACGAAGAUGAACCAGUAAACGAGGACAUGGAGUGAAUAUCGGGGCGGGCCAACCCUGAGAAUGAAGAUUGGAAAAAGGAAGAAAAAAAAAAAAAAAACACGUCAGAAGUUAGCAGUGAAAUUGUUCUCCAUUUGUUGUACAGUCUGGAGGAUUUUCACUACGUUUUGACAACUCUGAAAUGUGUUAACUCUUAGUGCCAUCAAGAACCCCAUUUGGGAGUAUUUUUGAUUUUUCUACUUUUUGUUGAAAAAAGGAAUUUGUACUCUGUGCAUUGGAUGGACUUGUUUGGUACUUGGGAUUUUCCUCUCUUAACCGUCAACAUCAGUGUUGUAAAUUUGCUAAACUGAUUCACUUUUAGCAGCAGACUUUGAACUGCAGUCCUGCCAACGUUGGACACUGAGGACGCCCGACGGAGCUUGUGCACCUAAGCUGCAGACCAAGCCUUUGCCCAGAAUUUAAGGAUUCCAAUGGACGACCUAUUUGCACAGUACUGCAUGUUGAUUAUCACUGCCUUUACUCCAUUUUUUUUUUUUUUUUUUUUUUUUUGCUUCCAGUUGGGAUGGGGAAGGCCUUUGUGUGUGUAUUGGGGGGAGGGGUUAAAAAAUAAUUAUCCCAAACUUUUUAAUGUAUUGCUUUUUUUUUUUUUUUUUUUUUUCCUUCUACUAUACCAUUUUAAGUUCUGACCUCAGGCCUCCAUUUGGGCCGAUGGCCUCUUGGAGGCUUAAAGUUUUCUGUACCUUGUGAUGAAUGUUAAUAGGUGUUUUUAUUAUACAAAGCUGAAUGUCAUUUCUCGUUUGUAGCUUUCUGUCACUCAUUCCAUCUUCCUUCAGACAUCACCACGUUUCUCUAAAGUCAGAAAACAUUCCGUUUUGGUCUUUUUCAAAAAGGUCCCAAAUGCUGCACUCUACACAUGAAGGCCCUCUCACACAGACGUGACGUCCUGCCAGAAAGAGAAUGAAUGACAGAAAAAAAAAGAGAGAGACAUACUCUAGGAACAAUGCUGAUUCAUUCCACACAGCAGUAUUGGGGGUGGUUGCGGGGAGGGGUGUUUCGGAUUUUUUUUUUUUUUUUUUUUUUUUUUUGCAGCAACCAUCAUUAAUAAAUGCCACCAAUUUCUACCAGCACAAGGAAACAUAGGCAGCACUGAAAAAAAAAAAAAAAAAAGCUCAUACUAAUUAGACUGACAGUAUGGCCUUGGAAGGCUCUCCCUUGUGGAACCAAGUUGCCAUGGGCCUUGGGUGCUCUGCGAUAACGAGUGUGGGUUGGUUUUGUUUGCAAAAUGGCCAAAAAAACCCGGCUUCCCUGAGCAGCUGCCCUGAAAGUAGGGGUGGCGGCGGCGGCGCUGUUUAUACAUUAGUUCAGACCAACUUGGUGGCAUUAAACUGUUUGAAUGCAAAUUCGAUUUCAGAUUGAACUUGUUAAGGGAGUUAAUGAGGACUGAGUUCAGCAAAUGCUAAAGUGUUAAUUUCAAAUAUGCAAAGUUGGUACUGCAGUUUUUUAUGCAAUAUCAUAUCACCAACCCUGUAUCACAAAAACUCAUAGAAGAUAUCAUGUAGGCCCUGGGCUUUGGGGGGUCCCAAACAUGGUAUGCAGAAUGUGAUGGUUACAGGUCAGUACAACCUCAGUCCUUAGAACCCCUCCACACUUCAGCUCUGCACCCACUUUCCUGUCAUUUAUUUAUAUAGGACUGUAGUUAUUUUUAGUUCGAGAGCCUUUCGAAGCUUAAUUUAUAUUCUUUGUACCUUUUUUCUAAAAUUACCAAAGAUAUUACACAAAGGUAAAUUAUGUUCUCUGUUUUAUGCUUUAUCUGAUGAAGCCAAAUAUCCUCUUAUUGUUGAUCAAAGGAGGCAAAAGAAUUUAGAGGCAAAUGACAAGCGAUAGGCUAUUGCAACCUGAGAAAGAGAACUGCUCCUUCAUCGUAAAUUUAGAAGACCAAGUAGAUAAUGGAACCAAAGUUGUUACUUUUUUCUAGUAGUUAUUUUUCCUUUUUCUUUUUGUGUACCUCUACAGAGACCAAAACUCAUUCUCUUAAAGAGAUUUUAUGGGGCUACUGCAGAUAGAAAUAGGACACAAUAUUAAAGGAACUACAGAAGGAAGGGAGUCCCAUCUCAAAAAAAAUGAAUAUAUGCCACUGCAAUUAGAGUAUCCAAUAAAGGAGACAGUUUAGAGUCAGAACAGAAAAGCUUCCAUAAUUGAACUAGAUCACAUAAUAGCGUUUCUAGAAAAAUAUUUUUAGAUUGUAUGCCACUUUUGUUUAAGAACUGUGCUGUGAUCACUGUAUUAACUUUGGUUUAUCUUGGCAUAUAUCCUUCAGUUUGUUUUUAUUUUUAAUUUUUCCUUUUUUUCUGAUUAGGCUUUGGUCAGCAUUUUUCAUUUAAAGAAAAGUAACACUCCCAUCCACUCAUAAGCUUGGUACAAAAACUUCUCUGGCAGUUACUUUUGAAGCUUCACUCUGCUUUCUGUAUAAAGGGCAGUCUGUGGUCACGCAAGACUUUAAAAAAAAAAAAAAAAAAAAAAAAAAAGAAAACUUUUCCAGGCAGCUUCAUGAUGUGCAGGCAGUAGCCAGACAGGGUCAUGGGAAGGGGGCCCUGUGCUUCUAAACUGAGUGGUUGCUGGUUAGUUUGGUAUUCAAAAGAGGAUAAAAAUCUGGUAGAUUAGUUCAUUCUCAGCAUGUGUAGCUAGACAUGAGUAAAGAUAACAGCAUGAGAAACUGUUAGUACGCAUACCUCAGUUCAAACCUUUAGGGAAUGAUUAAAAUUAAAAAAAAAAAAAACAUUUCACUCAGUUGCACUUAGUCGUAUGUCUUGCAUGCUUAGUCUAAAGACUGUAGCAAAAAAAAAAAAAAAAAGAAAAAUUAGAUUUUACAUAUCUUUGCAGGUAUCACAGCCUUGCAGAAGAACCAACUGAAAAAAAAAUUCUCAGGCUUUACAGCAAGCAAACUUCACUAUGAUUUUUACAAUUCCGAUUCUGUAUCCCCUGGGGGUUAUCCCAGUUGCUUCUUUAGGAUGGGGUUUAUUAUGUUGUACAUAUAUCCCGAUGUGUCUGUGUGAAUCUUUGUCUUUUUUGGGGGAGGGCAGAGGGCGGUUCUUUUUUUAGAUAUUGUUCCUAAAAAGGAAUAAAUGCAUACACCUGUUUGUCAAAACACCUUUGCUUUUUGUGCAACUGCUUUAUAUUAACGAUACUAAAAAAAAAAAAAAAAAGCUUUGGAAAAAAAACUACUGUAUGUAAUGGAAUUGCAGAAUAUGCUGCACAUGUAUUUUAUUUAGUUAUCCUUGCUUUAAGAAUAUUGGAUGACAUUUCCUGACAUGUGGGAGGGAGAAACUCCCUAACUUUUUUUUCCUGCUUUUAAAUUGUAACAUAGUUGAAGAUUUCUUUUUUCUGUUCUCA